GCGGCGGCGGCAGCGGCCAUGACGUCCAAGGACCCCGAGCUGGACAAGCUCAAGACGGAGCUGGAGGCGGCUAUUGAGGCCAUCAAGGAGGCCCAGAAGAAGGUGGCCGACGCCGACCUGGUCACGGUCUGCGCCGAUCUGCAGGACGCCCCGCGCAUCCGCGCCUCGUGCAAACGCAUCCUCAAGGGCCACAUCAACAAGGUCAAUGGCGUCCAUUUCAGCGGAGACAGCAGGCACUGCGUCAGCGGCUCUCUGGACGGCAAACUCAUCAUCUGGGACACGUGGACCGGCAAUAAGACUCAGAUCAUCCCCCUACGCUCCGCCUGGGUCAUGGCCACCGCCUUCGCGCCGUCCGGAAACUUUGUGGCCAGCGGCGGCAUGGACAACCAGGUAACCAUCCACGACCUCAACAACCGCGACAGCAGCGGCCAGGCCAAGGUGAUCCGCGAGAUCAGCGCGUUCGAGGGCUUCCUCAGCUGCGCCCGCUUCCUGGACGACAGCCGUCUCGUCACUGGUUCGGCCGACAUGAAGAUCGUGCUCUGGGACGUCCAGGCCGGGAAGAACCUGGGCGAGUUCCACGGCCACGAGGGCGACGUGGUCACGCUGUCUGUGGCCGGCGAUGGCGGGCACUUCGUCACCGGCAGCGUCGACCGCACGGCCAAGCUGUGGGACGUGCGCGAGCCGGGCUCCGCCAAGCAGACCUUCUGGGGCCACCAGAGCGACGUCAACUCAGUCUGCUUCCACCCGUCGGGCCAGGCGUUCGCCACCAGCUCGGAGGACAAGACGACGCGCCUGUUCGACCUGCGGGCCGACCAGCAGCUGGCCGAGUACACGCCGCCGUCGGCCAACUCGGCGUUCACCUCCUGCGGCCUGUCGCGCUCCGGCCGGCUGGUGCUGGCCGGCUCCGACGACAACACAGUCCACGUCUGGGACACCAUGAAGGCGCAGCAUGUCGGCAACCUGGCUGGCCACGAGAGCCGCAUCACUUCGCUGAGCGUGGCCGACAGCGGCAUCGGGUUCUGCACCACGUCCUGGGACACGACGGUGCGCGUCUGGGUCUGAGCCGGCCGCGGCCCCGUCACCGCCUCACGACAGAGCCUCCCAAGUGGGAGGGGGAGGGGACGUCAGGAGAGUCUGUGGGCAUGCGUCGCGGCGAGAUCAGGGUAGGUGGUGCGGUGUUACAGUGUGCCAGCGCGGAACGCAUUGCCGCGACAGUGAGCGCGCCACCGAGCCCCUGCCUUGGGGGUGCAGUGUUGCCAUGGUUGCCAUGGCGACGGCCGGGCCGGUCGCGUGACGUCACCAUCCCACCGCUCACCGCUCCCAGGCGCGGACAGUUAUCGCUGUUGUGACUUCGAAAAUACACGGACCACGAGUG